CUCGGAACAAGUUAACUUGUUUCAUUCACGACGCCAUAUUUGAUUUUGUAGAUGGUCGCUGGUUUGUGUUUUAAAAAACGUACUUUUUGAUGUAAUAUAAUCCUGAUAUCACAAUGAGUGAUGAACAAAUUGAUACUUCAGGUGGGGAUGGAGUAGUUAAUGUACUUGAUGACAUUUUGGAAGGCCACACUGGGGAUGAUGAUCUGAGUGCUGAAAUUGUAGAAGAAGAAAAACCAGAGCCUGAAAAGCCUGUAGAAGUAGUGAAGAAGCGCACAGGAACACCAGCUACCAGAAAAACUAAGAAAAAAGCUCAGUCUGCAGCUGCUAAACGCCUGUCAGCCCAGCGCGCUGCCGAGAAAAAGGCGAAGGCCGCAAAAGAAGAGGAGGAAAAAGGGACCACAGAGACCGAGGAUCAAGAGGAAGAGAGUCAGCCUGAUGAGGAGGGAAGUCCAGAGAAGGUGGUGGAGGAGCCACCAAAACAGGAAUCCCCCAAAAAGAAAGUGGUGACCAAGACCAAAGCCAAGGAGUCAGGCAAGACCAAAACAAAGUCACCCAAGGUCAGCAAAUCCCCAAAAAAGAAAAUAUCUACAGAAAAUGUCUCACAGGAUGAAGAGAAUGAGUCCACUGAAGGUGAGAAGACUCAGGAGGAGGGGGAGACAGAGACACGCCCCAUUCCAGAACCAAUGGAUGCUCAGGAUUAUGACACGCGCAGUGAAGCAGGUUCCAGUGAUGGAAGUCUGAACAAUGAUGAGUCAGGAGAAUCAGAUUUAGACUUAGAUGAAGAGGAUUCCUCCGUGCCAGAAAAAAAGAAACGCAAGACCAGAGACAUCUCCCCUAUUGAGUGGGAUAGAAAGAGUGAAGGGAAGAGUGAGGGAGAGGAGGGAGAAGAAGAGGAUGGUAAAAGUGACGAUAACAAAAGUGAAAAGUCCGAAGACUCUACUGCCAGAAAAAUGAGUUCAAGGAUGAAGUACAUCUUUCGUGGAGCAAGAUACUUUGUGAUUAAAAGUAACAACCAUGAAAAUGUGGCACUGGCCAAAGCCAAAGGUGUUUGGUCGACACCUCCUCAAAAUGAAAUCCGAUUAAAUAAUGCCUAUAAGAGCUGUGAUAAUGUGAUACUGAUAUUUUCAGUCAGAGAAAGUGGAAAGUUUCAAGGUUUUGCCAGAAUAGCUGAUGAGUCCACCAAAGACCAUCCUCCAAUCCGAUGGGUGCUGCCUCCUGGUUUGAGUGCAAGAGCACUAAGUGGAGUUUUUAAACUUGACUGGAUCAACAGGAAGGAGCUUGCCUUUACAAAGACACAACAUCUUCAUAAUGCGUGGAAUGACAACAAGCCAGUAAAAAUUGGAAGAGAUGGACAGGAAGUGGAACCAAGAUGUGGAGAGGCUUUGUGUAAAAUGUUUCCGCCUGAUGAAAAUGUGGAUCUUUCAUCCAUCGCAAGAAAAGCUCGGAAAUCUUCCCGCAGUGGAGGGGGACCCCAACCAAUGGGAGAAAGGAGAAAUCGCGGGGGUUUUAGGGGGCGCCCUGAUUUCAUUAGGCAUAGGCCAUACAGCAGAGAGGACUUCUAUGACGAUAGGAGAAAGAGAAGCCGUGACGAGAUGCAACAUGGACGAGGUUUCUACAAAGAGAGAAGAAUGGACAGAUCACCAAGAUAUGGAGUUAGGAGAGAAACAUUCAUCAAUGGGUCCUACAGUGAUUACAUCAGGGAAUUCACUCACAGUCGGGCACCCCCACCCCCCAUGCCACCAUAUGGACCACCACCCCCUGGAUUUGCUAUGGACCCUAUGAACCCUUACAGUGGUCACUAUGACCAGAGACCAAGAGAAUACAUGAUGGCGUCCCAGGAAUACAGCAUGGCCUCCAUGUCCAGAUCCAGAGCAGACAAACGAUCUUACGAGAGGGAUGUGGAUGAUUUCCUCAGAAGGACCACAGAGGGAAGUAGACGUCGCCGACACAGUAGCGGGGAUCGCGAUCGCAGCCGAGAGAGGGACCAUCAUCGACACAGAGAUCGCAGAUAACAUCAUCACUCAUUUCAUGUCAUCAUUUGUGCAAUGUACAUCAUCUAACAUUGAUUUUAUAGUCAUGUUUAUAUCAUAUACUUCUUUUUUAAAUACUAGAACAUCCAUUUGAUUUGUUGAUAUGUGAAUACUUGAAGUUGUCUUUUUCAUUGGCAAGUCUGUUUUUUAUUUGACAAGUGCCAUACACUGAAUUGCAGAUUUGUCAAAGUCCCCAAUAGUAGUAAUUACUGAAAAGGUUCAUCACCAGUGCUUAAGUUGUACAGUAUUAUUAAGUUUUUAAGUACAUGUAAAUCUGUGAAAGUUUGAGUAUUGUACUUAGUACAUAAAUGUACAGUGUAAAUAUAGAGCUUUCUUUAUGCAUACUUUAAAAUAAUUAUUUACAAAAAAAGGUGUUUUACAUUUUUGUAAUGUUGUCUUUUCUAUAUAAAAUAAUUUGUUUCAUAUUCAUUAUCAUUUUAAUUCACUUUAACACAUAAAUUUGCUGACAUGUUCACCGCUCAAGCCUGUGAUUAUUUGUUUAAUCAUCUGGAGCAAAGAGAGUUAUCUGAAUAGGAUUUUGGUUGUGUGUAUCUGUUUGGUAUCCUUUUUCACUGAGAGAGAGUGUUGAUAACAAUGUGAGGGUAAGGCAUACUUCUACAUUAGACAUAAGUUAACUGUACAGUGUAUUGAAGAAAGUAAAUCAAUUUAUUUGUAAAAUAAAUGAAUAAACUCUU